AUGGACCGCUCCAGCAAUGAUCUCCAAAUAUCAGCUAUACCGCAGAGUGAUUCUCAUGCUAACACGGCACGCAAGAUCAUGGAGAUUAUGUUGAAUCUUCAUCAUUGGGAUAAGGGCAUUUUCGAAGAAGUCGAAACCGCGUCCACCAUCGUCCAUCAAAUCGCGCUACAUGUUUUUCCAUUAGCAGGGGCCAGUUUUGAUUCGAGUCGAAUCUGCAGUCUUGUCCAAAAGGCUGAAUGCGUUUGUGCAGAAAAACGGGUCGGUUGCCUUUCGAAUUAUGCGCUUGCUGAGGCCAUCAAAGGUCUUGGGUUGUCAGAGAAAGAAUCGGGUGCGAGCAGUGGACACCAGUCCAUGGCAGCAGUGUCUAAAUCCCACCACCUAGCAGGGCAGAAAACAGCAGAUGAAGGUGAAAGCACUGAUCUUAGCAACGUAGACCUGUUGGCGAAUGCCUUGCCACGUCUUUUGCGAGUGGUGAGGAAAGAGAUUGAUCCUGAAAGGAGAGCCGUUUUCUCGGAGACAUUGGAGGCGGUUUUUCUAGAUUAUGUAACGACACAGGUCAAGGCACAGAUGCACGCUGAUACAAAGAUACUCGAAUCGUCACUCUUGCCUCCUGGAAUGAAUGAUAGGGUACGUCAGGUCAAGGAGAUCUUGACACGUCUUUGUCGCUUGGCAAGGGAAAACGUUGACAAUGAAGAGAUCAACCGGCUCAUUUUAGUCUUCUUGCGCAUUCUUCGGUGCUAA